CGUCUGGACUCACUCGUGUUGAAUCACUCUUCUAUCCGUUCUCCGGGUUGUACGAUGAAAACCAGACUUCUCGUCAUUUUGCACACCUGCUACUUUCUGUUUUUUCUUCUCUCUGAUUCAGGGGUUUGUGGCUCUGAGGCCGAGCACAGGCUCUUCUCGGUCAUCUUCUCCAGUUAUAACCCGUACAUCAGACCGGUGGAGAACGUGUCUGACCCCGUCAUCGUCCAGUUUGAAGUGUCCAUGUCGCAGCUGGUCAAAGUGGAUGAGGUGAACCAGAUUAUGGAGACCAAUCUCUGGCUGCGACAUAUUUGGAACGAUUAUAAACUCAGAUGGAAUCCCAAGGAUUUCGGAGGCGUUGAGUUCAUCCGUGUGCCGUCCAACAAGAUUUGGAAACCAGACAUUGUGUUGUACAACAACGCCGUCGGAGAUUUCCAGGUGGACGACAAAACGAAAGCUCUCCUUCGCUACAAUGGAGACGUCACCUGGAUCCCGCCGGCCAUCUUCAAGAGCUCCUGCAAGAUCGACGUCACCUUCUUCCCCUUCGACUACCAGAACUGCACCAUGAAGUUCGGCUCGUGGACAUACGAUAAAGCCAAGAUUGACCUGGUGCUCAUCGGCUCCACCAUCAACCUGAAGGACUUCUGGGAGAGCGGUGAGUGGACGAUCAUCGACGCGCCGGGAUACAAGCACGACAUCAAGUACAACUGCUGCGAGGAGAUCUACACAGACAUCACGUACUCGCUCUACAUCCGCCGCCUGCCGCUCUUCUACACCAUCAACAUGAUCAUUCCCUGCCUGCUCAUCUCCUUCCUCACCGUUCUGGUGUUUUACCUCCCGUCCGACUGCGGAGAGAAGGUGACCUUGUGCAUUUCCGUUCUCCUCUCGCUCACUGUCUUCCUUCUGGUCAUCACCGAAACCAUCCCGUCCACAUCUCUCGUCAUCCCUCUGAUCGGAGAGUACCUGCUUUUCACCAUGAUAUUUGUGACUCUGUCCAUCGUGAUCACUGUGUUUGUGCUCAACGUGCAUUACCGCACGCCCAAGACGCACACCAUGCCCGGCUGGGUCCGGAAGGUCUUCCUGGGUCUGCUUCCUCGGGUAAUGUUCAUGACUCGUCCUGAGAAAGACCCGGAGAGGAAGACCAGAUCUUGCGCUCUUCACGCUUCCAGUAAACAGACGAGUCUCCCACGCCAGCCUCAGCUGCUCCUGUGCACCACCGAGCUCAACAACCUGAGCGAGGCGUCUAAGACGGCGUCUGGCUUUCUGUGUCGAGACGGACGGUGCGUGUGGAAGCAGCCAGGCUCGGGCGAAGGAGGGGAAGACGGAGGAAGUCCGUGCUCCAGCUCCGAGUCUACGGAUGCCGGGUUUCUGUGCAUGUCUCCCCAGGUCAGAGAUGCCAUAGAGAGCGUCAAGUACAUCGCCCAAAACAUGCGCUUACAGAAUGAGGCCAAGGAGGUCCAGGACGACUGGAAGUAUGUGGCGAUGGUGAUUGACAGGAUCUUUCUGUGGGUGUUUGUUCUGGUGUGUAUUCUGGGGACGGCUGGACUCUUCCUGCAGCCGCUGCUGAUGGGCGAAGACAUGUGAGGCAAAAGAGCCAGAAUCUACGUCACAGCCACCUCAACUCAGCAUUUUUAUGUUUAGUUUAAUUUAGAAUUAAAUAAAAAGGCAUCAGUUUGCAGGUUGCUUGAGUCCGAGACCUGUAAGAGAAACAGAGCAGCUAAAAUCAGGAUCAUCAUUGACUUUCAAGAAGUCCCCAGCAACGACUUACCGUCCUCUUCUGUCAAUUCCUAUUUCCUUCAAAGUCAUGCAACCCAGUGACAUUGCAUAAGGCUAAAAAACAACAUUUGGCCGAUGACUGGACAGAAUAUUUGGCUCAAGUGUCAUCUUAAAUGAAUAGUUCGCUCAAAAAAAUGGACAUCUAUUUUCUUUCUGAGUUGUUCCAAGCCCAUGUGGUCUUUCUUUGUUUCUCAGAUCACAGUAAGCUCCAAAAUGACAUGAAAGUAGUCUGUAGCUGGAAGCGUUCGGAGAAAUAUAUCAGCAUGCAGGUUUGGACGGAAAAUAACGGUGGGGUCUUUAUUUUUGAAUGUUAUUUUUUUUUUAACUCACACAUCUCUUCACAACAUAUGUCUAUCGUCACGUAUGAUUGUUUUAUUACACUCAGAUAUUUGUCAGAUAUGUUUUUAAAAAUACAGGCUUGGACAAAGUCACCAUCUCUUUGUGUGAAUGCAGCUUACUUUCAGGAAAAAAGCGCCACCAGGUGGAUCCUUUGAGCAAGUCCCUGCUAAAACAAACUACAGAAUAAAAAAGACGAUCAUAUUCUAUGUAAUUCAAGUCUCUAAAACAGUCAAAAUGCUACAUGUAAUGGGUUCCUGUUCACUGUACAUCUUCAUAUAUUCUUAAUGUACAAUGUAAAGCCUUGAUGCACAUUUUUAACCUUUCAAGGAAUCCUGGAAAUAAA